AUGUCCUACCCGCAGGGCUACUUGUACCAGCCGUCCGCCUCGCUGGCGCUCUACUCGUGCCCCGCAUACAGCACCAGCGUCAUUUCGGGGCCCCGCACGGAUGAGCUCGGCCGCUCUUCUUCGGGCUCCGCAUUCUCGCCCUACGCUGGCUCCACUGCCUUCACGGCUCCCUCUCCGGGCUACAACUCGCACCUCCAGUACGGCGCCGACCCCGCGGCUGCGGCCGCCGCCGCCUUCUCGUACGUGGGCUCUCCCUACGACCACACUCCCGGUAUGGCGGGUUCCUUGGGAUAUCACCCUUACGCCGCACCUCUGGGCUCCUAUCCUUACGGGGACCCCGCGUACCGGAAGAACGCCACUCGGGACGCUACAGCCACCCUCAAGGCGUGGCUCAACGAGCACCGCAAGAACCCCUACCCCACCAAGGGCGAGAAGAUCAUGCUGGCCAUCAUCACCAAGAUGACCCUCACCCAGGUGUCCACCUGGUUCGCCAACGCGCGCCGGCGUCUCAAGAAGGAGAACAAGAUGACGUGGACGCCAAGGAACCGCAGCGAGGACGAGGAGGAGGAGGAGAACAUUGAUCUGGAGAAGAACGACGAGGAUGAGCCACAGAAGCCCGAGGACAAGGGCGACCUCGAGGGCCCCGAAGCAGGAGGAGCAGAGCAGAAGGCGACUGCGGGCUGCGAACGGCUGCAGGGGCCGCUCAGCCCCGCGGGCAAAGAGACGGAAGGCAGCCUCAGCGACUCGGAUUUUAAGGAGUCGCCCUCCGAAGGCCGCCACGAUGAGCUGCCCAGGCCCCCGCGCGCGGGCGAGCCUUCCCCAGCUGGGCCCGCAACCGCGCGUCUGGCGGAGGACGCGGGUCCUCACUACCCCGCGGGUGCGCCGGCUCCCGGCCCGCACCCGUCCGCGGGAGAGCUGCCCCCAGGCUCGGGCGGAUCCUCGGUCAUCCACUCGCCACCGCCACCUCCCCCACCGCCUCCGGCCGUGCUAGCCAAGCCCAAACUGUGGUCUCUGGCAGAGAUAGCAACAUCCUCGGACAAGGUCAAGGACGGGGGCGGAGGGAGCGAGGGCUCUCCGUGCCCACCAUGCCCUGGGCCCAUGGGCGGGCAAACCCUUGGAGGCAGCCGCGCGUCUCCUGCCCCGGCGCCCGCACGCUCACCCUCGGCGCAGUGUCCCUUUCCGGGCGGGACCGUACUGUCCCGGCCUCUCUAUUACACGGCGCCAUUCUAUCCGGGCUACACGAACUAUGGCUCCUUCGGACAUCUUCACGGCCACCCGGGGCCAGGGCCAGGCCCUACAGCGGGUCCUGGCUCUCAUUUCAAUGGAUUAAACCAGACGGUGUUGAAUCGUGCGGACGUUUUGGCUAAAGACCCGAAAAUGUUGCGGAGCCAGUCUCAGCUAGACCUGUGCAAAGACUCCCCCUAUGAAUUGAAGAAAGGUAUGUCCGACAUUUAA